UUGCCAUCAGCUCCACAUUAUUCUUCUAAAUAUUAUGACGAUAAAUAUGAAUACAGACAUGUAAUUUUACCAUCAGAAAUAUCAUCCCUUAUCCCAAGAGAUGUGUUAUUAACUGAAGAUGAAUGUAGAAAAUUAGGAAUUAGACAAUCUGAUGGUUGGGAACAUUAUGCAAAUCAUAAACCAGAACCACAUAUCCUUUUAUUUAGAAGACCACACAGCGGUAUUCCAAAUGAUGUUGAUUAUUUGUAA